UCUCGCGCACUCUUCGGUGUAGGGUCAGUGGAUCGAUCGCAUAAAUACCGCGUUGUCGAACGAUAAGUUAUCAUUUAUCUCAACAAACCUCGUCUUCGUUACAACCACUAAUACGUCUACAGCAAUAAGUUAUCAUGACCGGUCGCGGCAAAGGAGGAAAAGGUCUUGGAAAAGGAGGUGCCAAACGUCAUCGUAAAGUGUUGCGUGAUAACAUCCAGGGAAUCACCAAGCCCGCCAUCCGUCGUUUGGCUCGUCGAGGAGGAGUGAAGCGUAUUUCUGGAUUGAUCUACGAAGAGACCCGCGGAGUGCUAAAAGUUUUUUUGGAAAAUGUUAUCCGUGAUGCGGUCACUUAUACUGAACACGCAAAGAGGAAGACCGUUACCGCAAUGGACGUCGUCUACGCUCUGAAACGCCAAGGUCGUACAUUGUACGGAUUUGGUGGUUAA